CCGAAGCACCUCCACCACCGCCCGGUUCCGAGAGCAGCAGCGGUAUUAGCAGCUCUCUACUAGCGCCUGCUGCUCCCUCUGCCCCCCCGGGGUGGGUGUGCAUCAUCGACGCUGCUACUGUCUCUUUAAAUUUACCCAGGAGCCCCUUAAGGAGCCCCAGGGGCCCCUAGUCCGGCUCCCCACCCUGAAGACAAGCAGGAACCUUAAAAUACAUUACUGGAGGCCUGCGCCGAGGCGCUUCCACCCUUUGCAGCGCGGAGCGGCGGCUCUUUUCGGCCGCGGAUUGAUGGUUGUGAUUGUGUAAAAGUUAAGUUGGCUCCGUGGGGGACAGAGAGCUCUGGGCUCCUCAGCGAUGGGCUCAUUGUAGAGGCUGCCAGAUGCGUGUCGAGCGGCGGCGAGCGGCGUGAACAUGUUACCGCUGUAACAUGUUGUUGUUGUGACUGUGACAUGUCCCGUUACGGCACCACGACCCAGUGAAGGAAGCAGGAACAGCAGCCACUAGUAAAGAAGCAGCAGCCAGGCCAGGGAUGGACGAGAAAGGAGCGGGGCAGAGCGAGCCUGUGGACCUCCGGUGUGCCGAGCAGCCUGAGCUCCUCUCAUUAAUAAUAAGCGGAGAGGAGGAAGCGACGCAAGAGGAGAGCGACUUGGGAGAAGAGGACGGUCUUGCCAACGGCCAUGGAAGGGAACAAUCAGAGACUGGCAUGGUCACCCCUGUCAGAUCACCUGGCACCAGCUACUGGAGCAUCACCGAGGGCCCCGACCACCCACUCCUGCUGUCUCCGGCCCCCGGGCCCUCUGGGCGCAAACCCAGGGUCCAGAGGGCCUCGCGUCCGGGCCUGAGCCGGAUUCCUGGCCGCGACCACCGACGGUACUACCACGAAUACUGGCGUAGCGAGUACCUAAUGGACUUCGACCCCCAGAGGCAUGGCAUGAUCUGCAUGGUGUGUGGCAGCUCUCUGGCCACACUGAAGCUCAGCACCAUCAAGAGGCACAUCAGGCAGAAGCACCCAGACUCCCUGCUGUGGAGCGCCGCUGACAAGGAGGUGAUCCGAUCGGGGUGGGAGAGCCACCUAAGCCUAGGGGGAGGUCAGAGGUCAUACAGCUCCCAUGCUGGGCCUUCACCUCAGGGAGCAGAGGACACGCUGCACUCGGGCCAAUAUACUGCCGAACCUCCAGACCCUGUGACACCCCAGGAGCUGCCACAACAACCCCUUAGUUUGUCUCCCCGCUAUGUGGAGGGUGAAGCCCCGCAACCACAGGAGGAAGAGGAGGAGCGGGACGUCCCCGCAUCGUCAGCCCAGACCCUGGAACGCUACCUGAACGACUCGCUGCACGCCUGGUUCCGUCAAGAGUUCUUAAUGGAGUACGAGGCGGUGGCCGGUCGACUGCUUUGCAUGGUGUGUGGAGCGGAACUGCCCUCGCUUCAUUUGGACCACAUCAAGAGCCACGUGUUGGACACCCACCCCAACUCCUUGGUGUACAGCUCCGAGGAGAAACACUGCAUCCUACAGGCCUGGGCUCAGGCUCAUGAAGAGUCAGAAAACUCAGUCAAAUCAGAGCCUCACACCAAAGACGGUGGGGUGAACCUCUUUGCCGAGGACGUGGAGACUAUCCAGAUCAACACUGACUUGUACCCAGACGGUGAUGGCACUUUAACUCAGGAUACUUGUCUUAUCGGUGAGGAUGGAGGUGUUGGAGCUCCGCAGCAGGGACCUCAGCCAGUCCGCCAGCCCAAGAAGAAGCGACUACGCGGGGGCGACCCGUGGCGGCUCCGCCUCGACUACCUGGUGGCCUAUGGGCCCCGGGGCCAGGGCACGUUCUGCAUGGUGUGUUCUCAGGUCCUCCACGAAACCAAGGUCAGCAGCUUCCGCCGCCACAUCCAAGAAUGUCACCCUGAGACCACAACCCUGAGCCGACAAGAAAGGGAAGCCAUGGCUGCUGCCUGGACCAAAGAUUAUUCCAGUGAAGGCACGCAUGUACAAGAUGAAGUCAACUGCGGUGAUGGUGGUAUCCUAAAUACCACAGAAGAGACAAACGAGGACGUCUCCCCUGAUGUCAAAACACCCAGCAAAACAGUGAAAAAGGAGGAGGGCGUAGUUGGAGGGAAGGGCAAAUCAAAAGAUGGCGGCACUGCAGCCGCUCCUUCACGCCACGGCCAUUACCCCGGAAAGGACCAGAGGAGGAACUACCAGGUGCGCUGGCGAAUGGAUUACCUGAUGGAUUACAACUGUAGGAGACACGGGCUGAUCUGCAUGGUGUGUGGGGCUAGUCUAGCCACGCUGAAGGUCAGCACCAUCAAGAGGCACAUCCAGCAAGUCCACCCUCACUCCCUGUUCUACAGCUCAGAGCAGAAGCAGCAGGCCCUGCUGAGCUACAACCAGACUGCCCUGCACUUCACCCAGUCUGAGGACUCCCAGGACCACGGACACACCGAGCUUGCUCCCCCUCCAGCACACUUUGGCACUUAGAAAGGGCUUCUGUCUGUUGCGCCUCAUGUGGCCCCUGCUCAGAAACAGCCCCAAGUUCCUUUCUUAAUCGGAAAUUCAGGUAUUCAUCAUACAGCUUCCUGUUUUCUCGCUCUUGCCCCCAAAUUUCGACAGUGUGGGCGCAGGGUAAAAUGUUGCCAUAAUACAUACAAAUACAAAAGUAUGAGAAUAUUACCCAGGUCGACAGACGCUGGAAUUUCCUCUUUAAGCUGCAUCAAAGAGCACUGCUGUGGUUAAAGCAGCAGCGAGGAACUCCCACACAGGAAGUGACACGUCUUAAAAAUGUCAUGGCCUGAAAAAACAAAAGUCCAGCCACUCAUUUGAAAAUUAAGCUCUUUUUGCACAUCACCUCUCUUACCAGGGGACCUCGUGAGAUUUAGCAAAUUGCCUGUCUGGAUGCAAGUAUCUGAAGGUACUAUGUUGAUAAUUAAUAACUUAGAUGGGUCUUUCUCCUGAGCAGUGAGAUGAACCCUCUUAAUCUGUACCAAAAAACAGUAUGAGAAUGCCAAGGAAUAUUUUUGAAAAAGUACUAUAUACCCCUCUUGAAAUGCUGAUUUCCAUGGUGGUAGUUUUUUUUAUUUAUAGAUUAUAUACUUAAUAUAAUACCAUUAGCAUAGUAGUACAGAUUAACUUAUUUUAAAGCACAUUAGGUCCCUUCAGGCAGUCAUACCAACAUUUAUGAGGGUGACAUUUCAAAAGUCUUGCAAAAUUACAUUAGCUAGACAUGAUAUUAGCAGUAUUGGACAUUCUGCUAAAUUCUAACUCUGAUAUCAUGUAGAUUAAAGUUCUCCACAAAGGAGAUAUCAUUUCCAGCCAUGAGAAAAAAAUGGGACAAAUGCACUACCAUAGAAAAGUUUGGGGUCACUUAGAAAUGUCCUUAUUUUUCAAAGAAAAUAAUUUUUUUCCAACAUAAAAUCAAUCCGAAAUCCAGUUCUAGACAUUGUUAAUGUGGUAAAUGACUAUUCUAGCUGGAAAUGGCUGAUUUUAAUGGAAUAUCUCCAUAGGGGUACAGAGGAACAUUUCCAGCAACCAUCACUCCUGUGUUCUAAUGCUACAUUGUGUUAGCUAAUGGUGUUGAAAGGAUAAUUGAUGAUUAGAAAACCCUUGUGCAGUUAUGCUAGCACGUGAAUAAAAGUGAGUUUUCAUGGAAAACAUGAAAUUGCCUGGGUGACCUUAAACUUUUGAACAGUAGUGUAUAUCUUCAAUAAGCCUUUGUCUCGUUAGCAAGUUCGCUAAAUAGCAGGUUUCACACCAGCUAGAGUUGAUGAAGCUAAAAGUCUUGACGUUACCUCCAGCCUAAUGCAACACUAUAGCCUCUCAGAGAGGAUUUAUUUGAUCUUUGAAUUCUGUCAUUUUUACAGGCUGAAGCAGGAAUUACAUUGUUAGCUUUCAAAGAAAAUACAGCCGUAGAUACUCACCAGCGCUAGCCUAGCCGCGCUAGACAACCCACGGCAACAAAUUUAAUUCUCUGCCAGGAUCGGUCUAGUUACCCUCGGUAAGCCUCGAGGUUGGAUGCUCCUAAAACUGGACGACGAAUCACCAUGAAGUGUAGAGUCAGAAGGCGGGCGUAACUAAGUGACGACAGAGCCGCGACAAUUCUGACAGAAACAACCGGAAACAACUAGCCUAGCCACGCUAGACAACCCACGGCAACGAAUUUAAUUCUCUGCUGGGGUCGGGCAACAAAAACGACAACAGUCGUUGAGCUCCAUUAGCACCGACUAUGAAUAAUCUUUCUGUUAACAUGUCUGUAAUAUACUUGAGCUUCACCCAUUGACUGUAUAAAUAAGGCUUCACCGAACUCCCGCAUCCUCCGUUUUCCGGCGCUCUAGGAACUACGUCAGCCUAUUCGUUGCGCUGAUUGGUUGUAUACCUACCCAGUUGCUGCAGAGUGAUUUGAAAGACAACCUUUUAGCCCGCCUCCCUCCCUGUCGAGAGUUACUAGACCCUUGCUCUUCAGACCUGGGUCUAGCGCGGCUUGGCUACACUGGCGCAGCAUCACAAUCCAGAAGUUCCGCUUUCACUUUGUGGCAGCUAACAGUAGCAUGUUCCUAAGCUAGCUGAAAUGCAACCUCUUAGCUAGCCACUGUCCUUCAGCUAAGAGGUUGCAUUCCAGCUACAUAAGGACACAUAAAUGCAUGUUGCUAUGUAUCCUUCUCGUCAAAACAGUACUACAGAAUAUGACACCACUGUACACCAUUGAGCAGUAUCACUUCUGAUUUGAUUCUGAGCUGUAUCACCUCUAAAUAUUCUCACUGCUAAGUUAAACAGGAUAGUAUUUGAUCUUAUAAAAGUUUAACAACUAACAGUUUGGAUUUAUUCUCAACAUGCACAUAAAAUACAGGUCUGAUUGUAGGGACUCAGUAAUUUUGAUGUUUCGUCCACAGUCCUGGUAUGGAGGAUACCAGCUGAUGUUUUGCUGUUGUUCAGAGCUGCUCUUUGCAGGAGGGCUUCUGUUGCUCUACCUUUCUCUUUCAAUGACCCCAAAGGUAGGUUUAAAGUCAUGUGACAUAGCUGGUCUGGUCAUAGCUUUUAGUUUUUACUUCUUUUGGCCUCUGCUAGAAUAUUCCUCUUCUGCCAAAUUACCGUAGACUUGGAGGCAUCUUGAUCUCAUCUGCUCCCGAUGUUCAUCUAGCUUCUGUAAUUUAACAAAGGUAAUCUUACAGUUUUGUACCAAAGAGCAGUCUUUCAGUUGAGGUUGACAUUACAUAAGCUCAGAUUUCCACUGAUGAGUCUUGCUCCAAUUCUGAAGCACCUGUCCACCUAGAUUGUACAAUUAGAUCAACGUACAGGGCGUUAUUUUAGGAGCAUGGCCACUGCUGCUCUGAUUCCUGGUAAUAUGUCUCAUUCUAUAUACAACUGUUUUGACUGAUUUUAGUUGGUCCCGGAUUUUCCUCUAUCCUGUUCAGCCUUUGUGUCACACAAGUCUCACAGCAAGAUUCUUCUCCUGGUCAUUUGUUUCCCAUGUGAAGUUACACUACCGUUCACAAGCUUGGGGUCACUUAGAAAUGUCCUCAUUUUUAAAUGAUUACAUUAAUCAGAAAUGCAGUCUAGACAUUGUUAAUGUGGUAAAAGACUAUUUUAGCUGGAAAUGGCUGACUUUUAAUGGAAUAUCUACAUGGGUACAGAGGAACAUUUCCAGCAACCAUCACUCCUGUGUUCUAAUGCUACAUUGUGUUAGCUAAUGGUGUUGAAAGGCUAAUUGAUGGUUAGAAGACCCUUGUGCAGUUAUGUUAGCACAUGAAUAAAAGUGUGAGUUUUCAUGGAAAACAUGAAAUUGUCUGGAUAACCCCAAACUUUAGAACAGUAGUGUAUGAUGCAGAUAGACUCACCCCGUAUGUUCAAAACUGAACAUUCUAGGUUAUUUUAUAACUGUGUUCAGAUUGAUCAUAGAUGUUUUCCAGCACUGAGUUUCCACUUCUGGGCCUGUGUUUUUAAAAUAAUGAAUCUAAACUGUUAGCUUUAAAUGUUAAAUAAGAGCAAACAUUCUAUUGUUCAGAUUUAGAAGUAAUGAAAAUUGUUGAGAGGUGAUACAAUUUUUAAUCAAUUGUCAUCGAAGAAAAUAUGUAGUUUUAAACAUGAACAUCUGCACAGUAGGCAGAAAAACACAAAUGUAAAAGUCAGUACCAUAUUUUAAAUGGCUGCAUUCCCUUUAGUAAAGCCAGUUUUAAGGUUCUGUUUCUAUGCAGUCAGAUGAUUGGCAGGACUCACAGGAAAGAAACCAUUGUUAACACACUCUGUUUUUCAUGUACUUUCCCUAUUAUGAACAAAACGCCAGUUGUGAUAAAGCUUUGUUCCAUCAACACCUAAUGGGUACCUGGACUUGAAGCUUUUAAUGGCACAAUGACAUGUUUUGUGUCUGUCUGUCGGGCUCGGGGCUUGUUUCUGGUCGGGGCCUGAGUCUUCUCUCAGGAAGUUAGAAACAGAUUCUUUGGCAAAGCCAACGUGACUUAGUCUGAGAAGAUGUGUCUAAAAACAACACAGCACUUUGUCCCCAAAAAUGUACUAAAUCCUAACUUUCCUUCUGUACAGCUAGUUGAUUGAGACUGUGUUUGAUGUUAUUGCUGAAGACAAUGAAUGACAGCGUGCAGUCAGUAAGUUCUGAUCUCUCCGGUCUAUUUAAUUCCUUGUUUACAGUAGAAGAAAAGGACGCCCUGCUCUUGCUCCUCCAUUAUGAUAUAAACUACCAGCCAAAUGUUUGGACACACCUUCUCAUUUAAUGGUUUUUAUUUUCUUGACUAAUUGUAGAUUCUCACUGAAGGCAUCCAAACUAUGAAUGAACACAGAUGGAAUUAUGUAGUAAACAAAAAAAAUAUGAAAUAAGUCAAAACAUGUUUUAUAUUUUACAUUCUUCAAAAUAGUCCCCCUUUGCAUCAAUUGCUGCUUUGCACACUCUUGGCAUUCUCUACAUGAGCUUCAUUAGGUAGUCACCUGAAAUGGUUUUCCAGCAAAGCAGCCCCACACCAUCAUACCUCCUCCUCCAUACAGUUGAUGUAGAGAUGUAGAGACGCUGUUAACUUGCCAUUUUUGAGACUGGUGACUUGGAUGAACUUAUCCUCAGCAGCAGAGGUGAUUCUUGGUCUUCCUUUCCUGGGGUGGUCCUCGUGAGCCAGUUUCAUCGUAGCACUUGAUGGUUUUGUGACUGCACUUGGGAAUACAUUCAAAGCUUUUGCAAUUUCUCAGACUGACUGACCUUCAGUUCUUCAAGUAAUGAUGGACUGUGGUUUCUCUUUUCUUAGCUGAUUGGUUCUUGCCAUAAUAUGGAUUCUAACAGUUGUCAAAUAGGGCUGUCAACUGUGUACCGACCUGACUGCUGCACAACACAACUGAUGGUCCCAACCCCAUUAAGAAGGCAAGAAAAUCCACAAAUUAACCUUGACAAGGCACACCUGUGAAGUGAAAACCAUUUCAGGUUCUACCUCAUGAAGCUCAUUAAGAGAAUGACAAGAGUGAGCAAAGCUGUAAAUAAAGGGUGGCUAUUUUGAAGAAUCUAAAGUAUAAAACAUGUUUAGAGUUAUUUCACAAUUGUUUGUUUGCUGCAUAAUUCCACGUGUUGCUUCAUAGUUUCGAUGUCUUCGAUAUGUAUCUACAAUGUAGAAAGUAGUAAAAAUAAAGGUGUGUCUAAUCUUUUGACUGCUAGUGCGUAUAAUCUCAGUGACUCUGUGUCAUACAACAGCCUGCAUCCUUUUCAUUAGCCACAAGUCAUCUUAGCGAAACGCUGCACAUAAAUAUGUAAAUAUAUGAAAAUUAGAAUUAUUUUUCCUUUAUAUAAGCACUUUUAUGCACCCUGGUGUCCACAAAACGUGUUUGUAAUUAUCUCCAGUUUUUCUAUUUCAUUCAAGAUUUCAAAAAAUGGCGUCUGUCUUUAACAGCUGAAGGACGGCUCGUUGGACUCACUUUUAUAAGUUCACCCCAGCAUUGGUACGGCUUCACGUUUUUCAUCUACUGUACAAAAUUUAUGCAACAAAAGAAGGUAAAAAUUAACUCUGUGAUAAAGUCUGCCAUAAAAUGUCUCUUGUUCACCUGGAAAAUGUAACUCAGGGAUUCUGUUUUCAUCAGCAACAGUUUCAUUACUAAUCGUUUUCUUUGUCGGAUGUUGAUGUUUGAAGAUCCAGAAUAUGUGUGUCAGCUGUGGGUGUGUAGGUGUUGCCACGGAUUUGAGUAUUAGGGCCACUGUUUAAAGAAAACCAAAUUUUGAGAGUCAAAAUAUUUUCAGAAUGUUGUCAUUUUGAGGAAAAGGUCAAAAAAAAAUGUAACCAAGGAAAAUCUUACCAUUUUAGUUGUAAGCUGAGAAGGAAAUCACAUAAAUAUUAGAGGGAAAAAGGUUUUAAGAAAAGAGUGGAGUUUUGAGAAACAAUUCUAAUUGAAUUGGACUGUCAGGAAAUCUAAUCACAGCAUGCUUCAUAUUUGAUGUACAGAACAUGACUUUUAUUUUGAAAAAAGUCAUACUUUGGGUUUUUUGGGCUUUUUUUGGCUAAAAUCACAACUCAUACUGUAGCACUUUGACUUCUUUGUUUUGAAAUCCCGGCUUUUUUCCCCUCAAAAUAAUGCAACUUUUUCUUUUCCUAAAAUGUGACUUUAUUCUUCCGGUAUUUUGCUCUUUGUCUGUUUGGCAGAGCUUCAGCUUGUUCUUUCAGUGGCCCCGUUACUCUGUUGUACCAAUGUGUGGACGACACAUUAAACUGUCACAUUUUUGAAGAAUAAUCAAAAUUGAUUUUGAUACAAAACUAAUGUGGAAGGAAAGUCUGCCUGAGCCCACUACCUAAGAGCAGAAGCAGCCUCCUAUUUUUGAGUUAGAAUAGGCCCCAUGUCGCUCUAAGAGUUUUGACGAAGCACUUAAUUAUUUAAAAUGAAACAAAUGAAUGAUAGAAGAAUUGUUGAAGUGAGACCUCGUGUGUGUGUGUGUGUGUGUGUGUGUGUGUGUGUGUGUGUGUCAGGGGUAGAGGUGUUAUCCUCUGUGCUAACCCAUGACUCUGCUCUGCGUUUUUCUUCACAUUUUCGUCACCUUUCAUCUGUACAUGGCCAACAUGUGACAUGUGCAUUCUCUCCUCAGUGAUCUUUGAAUAAACACUCAACACCACAA